AUGGGCUCCAGCGACGUGGCGCCACCCCACGUCCCGGACUGGGUCGUGCCGCUGUCGACGAUCGCGCUCGGCGUCGGGGUGCUGCUCUGGGACGCGACGUACGUCCUCAUGACGCUCCGCAGCCUCCGCACCAGGUCCUACGGCAUGCCGCUCCUGGGGCUCGCCCUCAACGUCUCGUGGGAGGUCGUCUACGCCCUCUACGUGUGCGAGGCGCCCAUCGAGACGGCCGGCUUCACCUUCUGGCUGGUCCUCGACGUCGGGCUGGUCUACACGACGGUCAAGUUCGCGCCGCACGAGUGGGAGGGCACCAGCGGCUGGGUCGGGCGGCACGUGGCGCCCAUCCUGGCCGCCAUGACGGCCGUUGGGUGCGCGGGCCACCUCGCGUUUGUGAGCUGGUGGUUGAGCCGUCCUGGGAUCGGCCACGGCGACAAGACGGGCAAGUGGUAUUUUGGCCGGGACGAGUACGACACGACCGAGCUGGCGUACUGGUCUGCUGGGGUGGCCCAGAUGGUCGCCAGUGCAGGGUCCCUCGCGAUGUUGCUGGUCAGAGGUCACUCUGGAGGCGCGAGCUACGCCAUCUGGUAA